ACUACAGUAACCAACCAAGAGACUCCCCCCAAGGCCCCCUGCAAAAAUGAGCGCUCAGGAAAUGAUGCGUCGUGCCAUGGUGAGUGUCAGCAUGACAAGACGAUUGCCUUCUGUCCGUCGCCUUCAUGGUCGCCUUUCCAUGCAGAGCCUCUACUGGGCCACCAGGGAUGGCAAUUUGGGGACAGUAUCCCAGCUGUUGGACUCUCACGGCCCUCGAGUGCUCUGGGAGUGGCAGUUGUCCAUUCGUGCACGAGAGCAAGAGGCCGAGAUGAAGAAGGAUUUGUUGAUUCAGCACCGAGUUCAGACCCAGACGAACAUCUCGAAGACUGACGCAAUUAUGUUUCCGGGUGCCGCUGGCGUACAACCAUGGGACUACGAAACUUCGCCCGUCCUCUUAGCGGUGCAAAAAGGUCACGUCUCCAUUGUCAAGCUGAUGUGUGAGAAAGCAGGCGGGAUCGUCCAAGAGCAGCUGAAAGGCAGAGACGAGGUGAUCUUCUGACCGAACCUUACAGCGACGCUGGAACUAGCCAACACAUGGAUCGCAUGUCCAUAUGGAUGCAUGCAGGAGGGCAACACGGGGUUUCUCCUAGCUGCCAGGCAUUGGGGCGUGGACAUGCUUGAGGUGCUUUACAAAACAGGAGGCCACCAGCAACUCUAUAAGAACAAAGUUAGCGAAGCGUGUUAUCCGGCUAUAUCCAAAUGAUCUGUCAUGUGUGUUGCAGAAUGGAGACACGGCGAUGCAUUUUGCUGCUCAUCGAAAUCACACACCGAUGGUUAAGCGGCUGCUAGAUUGGGGAGGCGAGGAGCUGCUCCACUCUGAGAAUCGGGUACACACACACCAGCCUGCUCUACGAGACUUUCGUUGACCGAUUAUUGUCCAUGACAGAAUUGUCGUACACCAUUCUAUUUGGCUACCGUGCACGAUCGAAAGAAUGUGAUACGCGUAAUGACCGACAAAGCUUCGUUUCGGCAGCUUCUGGGUGAGGACCCGGUAAAUAGCUUUAAAGAAGAGAUCAAGCACCCAUCAAAGCACUUGCUCUUUUGGGCUAUAUGCUUGUAUACAGACACGCGGGCCACAGUCGCAGCUUCUUCAUCUGGCUGUUCAGGAGGGGCGCAGCGAUACCGUCAAGCGUUUGUUGGCCUUCGGGGCUACCCCCCGUGUGGUGUCGUUUCGUAUGGCGGUGCGUGAGGGUUCACUUGACAUAAUGAAUGCUCUGUACGCCAAAGGGUGCCAGACGCUGGUGACUGCACUACUAAACCAAACAGACCAGGUAAGUACUGAUCAAGAAUGGAGAGAAGGAGACAUUUGCUUUCGUCCUUGUAGAACGGCAUGACAAUCAUCCAUGACGUCGUCAAUGGGCGAAACAAUAAGUACUUCUCUGAGGCCGUUCGACAGCUGCUGGAGUGGGGAGGCAAUCGAGCAUUCGAAUUGCUUCGCAAGCAGGCGGUACUAGGAUGACUAUGUGCCAGAGGCAUACGGGUAGACCGUUCAUUUCUUUGCACGCAGAAAGAUGAUGAACAAACUCCUCUCCACGGGCUUGCCAAUCGAGACGACGGAGGUGUUUUGACAGAGCUGCUACUGAUGAAAGACGCUUCUCUUUCCUUGCUCACGGACUAUCAAGUGAGUGUCAUCAAUCAGCCUCGACGGACACUCGCGGCAUGUUGUUUCUCUUGUAUAAGGGAAACACGCCUCUCCACACGGCAAUCGGAAACAGAGGAUUUCAAGCCAUGAACAAGCUGUUGAACAUCAAAAGUCCUGAUAUCCUUCAGAAAGUCCUCCUUACACAAAACAACAAGGUAAGCAAAACAGCUGCAUUCUACAUUCUACCCUUUGCACGUUGCACACAGGGCGAAACAGUGCUUCAUCUUGCUGUACAAAAAGCAAAUUUCCAGCACGAUUCCAAUUCCGAUCGUCUCCUGCGUCUUCUGCGCUGCGCUGAACAACAAAAACAAAUCCAAAAUCUCCUCUCCAUCAAAGAUAAGCAGGUACGCAUGAUUUUACCAGUAACAAAAAGACAUGCAUCAACAGCGCACAUGGCAUUUACUUCAUACAGGGGAUGACGCCAUGGAUGGUCGCCUGCAGCCAUGGAUAUGACAAUGUGCCUGUGGCUUUGGCAAAGUAUCGUUGCUGUAGCGUCUGUGUGAACUUGCAAGCGUUUCUGACGAGAGCAUGGUUGUGGUACUCUUUCGAGUCCCAAAGGCAACGCCAGAAGACCUGCUCUGCGCAUGCGGCUGUUUUUUUUGGAUUGUGCGGCAUAGCUCUCAUCAUCGCAGGCAAGCACAGAACAGGCAAGGAGGCAACGUCCUCUUGUGAAAAGUGGCUUGCUUCUUCUCACUCGGUUCAUUCUCAGGUCUCGUCACGGACGGAUGGCGUGAGAACACCUAUGAAGACACACGUAAGACAGCGGACCCAUAGCUGCUCUUUACAACUUCUUCUGUCUCCUGGCAGUUCGGCCUGGAUCUCAAACCCUAAAGUGCAAAAAGGCGGAACUGUUCGGUGACUCAUUGAACAAAAGCUGCAUAUCAAUUUGAAGGGCUCACAAGGCGCUGGCGUCGAUUUGAUGGAUAAAUGAUUGCAGGCCUCAAGCACCGAGUGGAGGCUUGAAACACCA